AUUAUUAGAAUUUCCAGAGGGGAAGGGGGGUCUUAAAUAAAAUCCCUUUUGUGGGGGAGGUAUGGAUAUUUUCUGGAACUACACAUUUCUGACACAUUGCUAAUAUAUACGUUUGUUCUAUCUACAGAAAUGGGUGGAAAUCAAUCUAAUUUACCCCCUCGACCGCUGGGUUUUGAAUAUUUUUGUAUAGCCCUCCGUACGACAGAUAGGAUGCGAGUCGUACUUGGUACAGAUCAUGAGAUUAGCAUUAUUCGCCAGGCUAUCGUAGAAUCAUGGCCUAAGGGUAUACAGGAAGAAGAAUUCAAAAUGAAUGGGGUACAUCAAUUCAAGCUUAAAGGGAAUCCAUUUUCCGUGGCUUCUUCAUCAACUGAUGCGGCAGAUUCCAGGAAAUUGGGAGGGAAUGUCCUGCAUAGGCUUUACCGAGAUGGAUGGAGGCUCCAGGUUGCUGGAGACUUUACGCAGACAACAGAUCUUACUACCUGGAUCUUCAAGAAAGACCCAAAUGCUGUAUGUCCAUCUGUGCCUUUUCUUAUCGUGGGCCUUAGCAGCUGGGACAGUUUGAUGGUACUCAAUGGACCAAUGGAGCUCCAUCAGGUCAUUAAAGAUGCAGUAGAGAAGUCAUGGCCAAGUGGAAUACAAAAAUGGACAUAUGAGAAUGAUGUUUUGAAGGUCAAGAUGAAAGGCAAUCCUUGGCAUACGAAUGGGGAAGACACAGUGCAUGCGAGAGUGAUACUGCAUACACUUGUGAGUGAGCUACUCAUUCGAGGGUGGAAGUUGUAUGGAAAUUCCAACCUUAGAAGCAGUGCUAACACCCUUUUUUUCGAACGUGACACAAACAUCUCACCUGGGAUGCAGCCCUCUCCAGUGUACUGCACAAUAAGCUUCAACAGCGAGGACCUGCUCCGGUUGAUUGGCUUUCCAGAGGGCAUGGUAUCUGCUGUCCGAAACACCAUCCAGACCUUCUGGGCAAGAGGUAUCCAAGGAGAAUCACGCUAUGCUGAGAGUUGGCAGUUCAAGCUACGUGGAACCCCAUGGUGGGCAUCAGGUACCGAGGCAGUGGACUCAAGAUUUCUGGUACUGAAGCUGAUAGAAGCUAUCCAAGCAUACGGCUGGAGUGUGGUCACUGCUAUUGAUUGCUCAAGGAAAGAUUCUGAUAAAAGCAGUCUACUGUUCACACAGUCCCAACCAAGACAGUCUCCAUUCUUUUGCAUAAGCUUGAAUGAGUCUGACAAAUUGCGGCUGAUAAAUGCACCAGACAAUAUCACACAGGUAAGUGGUAAUGAUUACAUUGAAAUUUCCAUGUCAGUUCUUAAUUCCAAAAUUAACAGAAAACUAUCUGAGAAGACAUAAUAUUUGUGCUUUGAAAGGAAU